AUGCUUUUAAGAAUCCCUCGAUUUGCUGACCCUUGGGGUGGUUAUGACAUGAUUGGAUUUGGUGACAUUCUUUUUCCUGGCUUGCUUGUAUCAUUUACUUUCAGAUAUGACAAAGUUAACAAGAAGGGUAUAGCAAAUGGAUAUUUUCUUUGGUUGACAGUUGGCUAUGGAGUAGGUCUUUUCCUCACUUACCUGGGCUUAUAUCUAAUGAAUGGGCACGGUCAACCUGCGCUCCUCUACCUUGUUCCUUGUACUCUAGGAACUUGUAUCCUAUUGGCUUUAGUGCGAGGAGACCUGAAAGACAUCUGGAAUUAUAGUUCCGAAGAAGCUUCAUCAAGGGAUUCUUCUGGCCAGGCUUGA